AUGGGUUCUGAUCCGCAGUACAUCAAGUUCCCCAACCUCUCCCUCGCUCAACAUGUCUUCAACCUCUCCAACCCGGCAUGCGCGUCAUCCGUCCAGCAGACAUCAUUGAAGAAGCUUCAAGAUGUCAUUUCUGAACAUAAGAUGGCGCCUUUCUAUCGGCACCUGGCCCACCCUACCGAAGGCAUUUUGAACAACGCCGGCGAAGGCGUAACACAGCACCCACAAAACGCCGGAACCUCAACGAAGCCUCUCAUCACCUCCAACCUUCUGGCUUCUCGCAAAUCACCGCAAAAGUUCGAUUUCCCCUGGGAUGAGAAGUUGUACCAGUCCCUACUGGAAGACAACAAGAAAGAAUUGGAGACCUUCCAGAAGGAGGAAGAUGACGCAGAAGAGGCUGCUGGUGAGACCGAAGUACAAGCUGCGCGCGGGAAGCGCGCUGAAUUCUGGGCUCGUGUGGGAGAUAAGGACAAAGCCAUCGAAUCGCACGAAGCUCUACUGGAAAAGACUGGAUUCCUGGGUACUAAGAUUGAUCUGGUGAUGGCUAUGCUCCGAAUCGGUCUCUUCUUCGGCGAUCUUCUGUUUGUGAACAAGACCAUCGAACGGGCAGAGACCUUGGUCGAGAGUGGUGGAGACUGGGACCGCAGAAACCGUCUCAAGGCAUACAAGGGAUUACAUUUGCUCACUAUUCGCGCUUACAGCCUUGCUGCUCCUCUUCUUCUCGACAGUCUGUCUACCUUCACAAGCUACGAACUGUGCAGCUACUCUUCGUUGGUGAUCUACUCGGUGCUUGCGGGAUCAUUGUCACUCAAGAGGGUGGACUUCAAGGCCAAGGUGGUGGAUGCACCAGAGAUCAAGGCUAUCCUUGGCUCUGGAGAGGAACAGCUGGCUGCGCUAAGUGGAGAAAUCUCCGCCGGUGCCGGUGCUCGUGACGAAGAGAUGAAGGACGCGACAGCGUCUCGGUCGACCCCCGGUGGUGCUACUACCGCUGUCAACCUGACUUCAUUCUCCAUCGGAACUACUGCGCCAGUAGAUGCCGAGCUGCCGGUUGACUUCUCCCCGCUGGCCAACCUGGUUAACAGUCUGUACAACGGCAACUACCGCUCCUUCUUUGUGGCACUGGCGGGCGUUGAGGACCAAUUCCUGACACAAGACCGUUACUUGCACGAGCAUCGGGCAUGGUUUGUUCGUGAGAUGCGUCUUCGCGCCUACCAACAACUUCUGCAGAGUUAUCGUGUGGUUGGACUGAAUGGUAUGGCCAACGAUUUCGGUGUGACAGUAGACUACUUGGACCGUGAUCUUGCCAAGUUCAUUUCGACUAACCGUAUUGCCUGCACUAUUGAUCGUGUUAAUGGCAUCAUCGAAACGAAUCGACCCGACGACAAGAACAAGCAGUACGCGGAUGUGGUUAAGCAUGGCGAUUCUCUGAUCACCAAGAUCCAGAAAUAUGGACAAGCUGUGCGUCUUCGUGGGAGUGAGCGAAGCUGA